AUGGCGCCUCCCGCCGCGUCCGUCGCGACGAGCGGCGCGCGCGACGACGCGAAGAAGACGAAGAUGAAGAAGCCCGUCGACGCGACCAACUACCCCGCGCGACUCGCGCGCUACCUCGGCGACGAGGCGUUCCUACUCGCCUCGGGCGCCAUCAGUGGGAAAGACUACGCCAUCGAGGUGGAGCACACGCUCGACCUCAUCGCGAACGACGAGAGCCUCGGCGCGUACGGCAAGAUACACGCGCUGAACACCCUGCGCGACGGCGGGCUCAUCUCCGCGGAGCAGCACGCGUCGUACAAGAGCAAAGCGCUGGGGCGCGCGGUCGCGAAGGACGUCGCGCUGUACGUGAACAUGGAGUGGCACUCCGAGGAGGGCGUCGACCCGUGGGCGUUCCUGCUCGACGAGAAGGAGCAGGUGGACGCGCAGAUCGACUCACAGAUCCGAGAGAGCGACGCCAUCGCCGCGCGCCUCGCUGAGCUGGACGCGGCGGACGCGGAGGAGGAGCGGCGGAAGCGCGACGGGCCGGCGCGGCCGCCGCCAGCGAAGGCGACGGAGGAGGAGCGCGAGAAGAUGGCGGCGAGGAGAGACGCCGCGCGCGAGAGCGCGGCGAUGAACGCGCCGACGCCGUUUCCGUGGGACGUCGACGCCGCCGCGGUCGCGAACACGCCGCGCGCGCGCCUCUCGACGGAGGGCGCGGGCGCCGAAGAGGACGAGGAAGAGGACGUCCCGAGCGCGCGCGACAGCGCCGCCGCGGCGGAGAAAGCCGCGAAAGAGAUCGACGAGUACGUCCGCGCGUUGGAGGAAAAGGCGCGUUCUGUUCUGUUCCUCACACUGGUUCCCAUACGACCGCGUUGGCGUGGUGAAAGCCGUUCCUUAAGGACUUUUGGGUCCGGCGUGUGUUUCUCUCCGCCCACCCCGAGAACGCUUUCAAUCCCCAACGCACCUCGACGCAUUUCAACUUCAACUGACGCACCAUUUCAACUCCACCCCGACGUUCGUCGCCUCGCGCGGAACGACCCGAAGAUGGACGCGCCCGACGCGACCGCGUUGGGCGGGUACCACGGCAGCGCGUACGUCGGCUUAGACGGCGACGGCGACGGGGUCGGGAGCGGUCUCUUCGAGAAGGACGCGAUCGUGAAGCAGCGCGCGAAGGAGAGAGAGGAAAAGGAGAGAGAGGAAAAGGAGAGAGAGGAGGGCGGCGACGAGGAACGGAAAGAGGUCCCCGAGUCCGAGUCCGCGAUACCUAAAGCCGGCGAAGAAGACGCCGCGGCGGUGGCGCGGGGCGAGGCGGCGAAAGACGACGACGGCGUGCCCGUCCGCGCCGUCGAUGAGGAGAAGGAGAAGGAGAAGGAGGAAAAGCCCGCGAAAGUGAACGUUCCCUCGAACGUCGGGGAUCGCAUCGUGGACGACCCCGUUCGAGACGCGAAGGACGACCGCGGGGAGACGCCGCCGUCGGUGAUCGCGCUCGGGGCGGCGUUCAUCGACGCGUCGGCGGAGGAAGACGGAGGAACGUCGACCGCCGACGCUGACGCCCCCGCCGACGCCGCGAAAAAAGAGCCGGCGCCGGCGCCGGCGCCGGCGCCGGGGCGGGCGACGAUGAAGGCGCGCGCGCGCGACGAGGCCGACCAAGCGUCGAGGAUGGCGGACAGCGGCCAAGGCGUCAACGCGGCGCUGUUCGCGGCGUCCAGGGAGGCGUCCGUCGGGCGGACGACGACGCGCGGAGAGGGCGGCGGCGGCGGCGGGUUAAACGCGGCGUCGUUCAAGGAACGCGCGCCGCGAGGGAAAGCGUUGCUCGUCGGCGCCAACUACUUCGCCGCCGCCGCGGAGAAGAACCCUCGCCUCCCGCGGCUCAGAGGUUCGCUCAACGACGUCGCGGCGCAGAUGCGUUUUCUGCGCGACGCGUACGGGUUCAAGACCGACGCCGGGUCGAUGCGCGUGUUGAUCGACGAGCCGCUGCCCGGGGUGAACGCGUCGUCGUCGUCCUCCUCUUGCUGCGGCGCGUCGAAGCGCGGCGAACGCGACGGCGACGCCGUCCCGACCGCGCUGCGGUCGCACUACUACCGCCCCCCGACGACGACGAACGUCAAGGCGGGCAUCGAGUGGCUGCUCGAGGACGCGCGCGCGGGCGACGUCUUGUUCUUUCACUUCAGCGGCCACGGCACGGACGUCCCGGACGUGGACGGCGACGAGGACGACGGCGUGGACGAGGCGCUGUGCACGAUCGACGUCGACUGGGAGACGAAUUUCGGGAUCACGGACGAUUACCUUCGCGAGAAGUUAUUCUGCGCGGUCCCGCCCGGCGUGGACUGCUUCGCGACGUUCGACUGCUGCUGCAGCGGCGCGUUGUCCGACGCGAAGGCGGUGCGGACGACGCGCGGCGGUUCUGGGGGGGACGGCGGCGACGCGUCUUCUUCGGCCGUCGUCGCCGCCGCGAAGGGCGCCGGCGCGAAUCGGUUCGCGCCGCCGCCCGCGCGCGUGCGCGAGCGGAUCACGCAGCUCGCGCGCGAGCGUCGCAGGGACGCGAGGAAGCGACACGCCGAACCCGAUCCAGGCGCGGACGCGGCCCCGGCCCGCCCCGGCCCCGGGUUGAAAAAAGCCGAGUCGUUGCGACACGCGGCGGCGGUGAAAAACCACCUCGUCAGCCUGAGCAGCAGCAAGGGCGACGAGCCCGCGCUGGAGAUGAAAGUAGAGCGCGAGGACGGCGUCCGCCGCGGCGCGUUCACGUGGGCGCUCGAGCAGGCGCUCCGCGCGUCGCACGACGCGCCCGAGUCGGAGCGAAAUUUGGUCGCGUUGACGCGACGCGCGACGUUUAUUCUUCGAAACGCGGGCAAGGCGCAGACGCCGGAGUUGCACGUAAAAUUGGAGGACGGGGACGACCCGCACGGCGUGGGGUGGAUGACGGAGCAGCGCGAGGCGUGGGAGCUCGCGAUGAACGAGAGGGAGAGGGCGGCGGAGGAAGAGCGCCGAUAG